CACGAGCAGAGCUAGGCGCGGAAAAUGCAUCGUUUUGAGUCUGAAGUCUGAAGUCUGAGUCUGAACCGAAAGGCAAAAUUAAACAUGUCAUCCGCUUCUUCUUCUUCUUCUUCAAAUUGUUCACGUCUCUGCCUUCUGAUCGACAACUCUCUCCAUCAAUUCACGUUUCAUCAUACAUACCACCCUCACUUCACUUCUGUUUCUUCUUUAACCAAAGACAAAGACAAAGAGAAACAGAUUCUGAUUGCUCUUUCUGAGGUCUUGAAACAAAUUCAGCUUUGGACUUCAAAACUCAAUGCCUACUACUCUCAGUCUCACAAUGUUAAGGACUUGGAAUCGGCUUCGUGCUCAGGUGGAUGUGCAUCACAUUCUGACGACAAUCACUGUUUGGCUAACAUUGUAGCUCACUUGAUAGUUUUGCUUACUUUGGAGAAUCAAUAUAUUCAACAUCUGGCAGGCAAUGUCCUUAGUUUCAUUUCCGAGUUUGUUGCAACAUCCAAAACCAACUGGGAUGGAUUCAUUCAUUUGGUGUGUGUUUGCUUGGAAUUGGCUAUCAAUAACACACUUUCAUAUCCUUCUGCACCAUCAAGUAGUGAAGCUGAAGAUUUUAAUUCCGAUUCAUCGAAGUUUGAUGAUGUCAUAAGACCAAGACUGACAAAUUCUAACUGGUGCACAGUGGCUGGCAUUAUCCGAGUUUUACGUAAUAUAUUGAAAUAUUUGAAGCGAGAAGACGACGAUCAACUUCUUGAAGUGUAUUUAAAUUCUGUAGAUUCUUGUCUUUCAAAUGUGCAUUGGGAUUUAUUUGAAGAGGUUCAUGUUGGUCAGAACAGUGUCACUCAGAAGAAUUUUUGUGCGGAUGCCUUAUUUUUCAGAAACAUCAGUGGGUGUCAUGAGCCAAGCAUCAUUUUUCUUGGAAAUUUUCUUCAGCUACUUUGUUCAUUGGUUGAUGAAAGUGAUUUUGUGGAAGCUGCAGGUGGUUGCAUAGAUAAGCACCCAAUUCGUUAUAAAAUCGUUAACCUUGUGCCUAAAGUUUUAUACUGGUGCCUUGGCAAGGAAGGAGAUUAUGUUGAUACAUGCAUCUCUCAGUACUUUAGACACAAGUUAUUGGUGCUAAUGAUCAGGCUUAGUUUUCAAACAUGUCUGGAAUGUUCCACUCUUGUUUCAUGGUUGCAACUUCUUCAUACUUACUUUCAAGAGCUUUUGUGGCAACCCAUAACCCAAGCUGAGUCUUCUCUGGAUGAUUGUCUCGAAGGCUCUCCAUUUUUUAUUUGUGUUUCUGAUGGAGAAACACAUCUGCAUUCAUGCCAUAUACAGAGGCAGACUAUUUUUCUUUUCUUAAAAAUCUCCUUCACUUUGAUAAGUCUGAAAGAAAACACUGAGAAGCAAUGUCUGUGUGCAACUCCGGACUCAUGCAUAACGUAUGAGUCAAAUUCAGGCCUGGAAUGCUGCUUUAGGAAGAAGGGUUUGUUAGAGCUCCAUAAGUGGCUUCAAGGGCAUUUUCCAACUGAAACAUUUUUGGACCAUGAAAUAUAUAUGGAAAGAUGUGUAAAUUUUGCCUCAUCCUUACUCCAAUUAUUUAUGCACGAGGAUGAUAUUUUAUUUAAAAUGCUCUUGCAACUGCUUGGCAUACCUUUUUGCACAGAGCAACAGUAUCACAAAGAGAAAGGGACAUUUCAGGAUGUAAAAGAAGAUAUUCCUUUCCAUGUUUCAAACGUUUUUAGUCCCAUAUGCUUGUUCCAUCUAUUUCUUUCGCAGUUACACUAUGAUCAUGAAGUUCUUCUUGAUUACCUUAUAUCUAAAGAUAUGGGAAUCAGUUGUGCAGAAUAUCUUUUAAGGUGCUUGCGUAUAAUAUGUGACUCAUGGAGCUUAUUUGUGGAAUUUUCAUUUAAUGGGAAAGUUAUUAAUCAAUCUUCUUGCAAGAAAAGAAAAGUUUCAUUGGAUGGCUCAAAUUUUGGGGCAGAUGUAACACCUAUGCUUGUGAAAAACAAUGGAAAUAUCACAUCACAGGAGAAGGAAUAUAAGAGAGACCAUAGAUAUGGAAGUCAGCACAAUAUAACAAAACCAUUUGAAGAAGCAAAAGAGUGCUUGCUUUCAUUGAGAAAUUCUGUUGAAAGUCUUCACAAGAAGAACCUCUUUCCAUAUAAUCCCAAAGUGCUUUUGAAACGAUACACCGACACACAUAUGGAGACUAAUGGGGCAGUUACCUGUUGAAAUUGAAACCGCUUCACCAUGGUAUCUGUAGAACAGGGGUUUGACAAGAUUUCAGGAGCUCUGCUUCAAGUAAGAGAAAUAUUAUUGAGGCAUUACUUAGGAGCUUGAACCCAACAAACUUCGCAGAGCAUCAUUUAUUUCUUUGGAGUAAUGUCAGCUAGAUGGCUUAGCUGUUCCAGAUGUUUCAGAUGAAUAUGUUUACUAGUGAUGGAAAGAUAUCCAGGCAACUGGGACACAAUUGAAAAGAGAACUUUGAAGCUCAUCUCAAGUCUCUGUGCGAUAUUCUUGCAGACAUUCUGUUGCGUUGUUUGAUUUUACCAAUUGAAUGAAUAUUGAGCUGUGGAUGAAGAGGAGUAAUAGCCACCUGACUGCAACAGCCAGUUGAGGUAGUUUACAGUUAAAUCCUGUUAUAUAUAAUCUGUUUAGUUUUCUACGGUUUUCCUAAAAGAUGAGUAAAAGGGAAAGAAUGAAUUGUAUUGCAUCUUUGAGCAGAAAAUGUCCGCAUAUCCAAGUGGAUGCUUGCAUGAAAAGCAAGGAAUGCAGAAGCUAGAGAAAAGAAGAAGUAGAAAGAAUGAGAGAAUGAAAAUGUAUCUCUUAACUAUUUUGUAAUCUGUACAGGUAUGAUAUAUAUGCAAGAUGUAGGCUAACUGCACUGACCAGAGAGCUCAAACUAGUAACAAAUUUGUAACUGAUGCAAACUCUACAUUUAACUAAUUUAACUAAUCUUCAGUUUUCUUUACACGGUAGGACUUAUAAUACAUUCUAGGUCUAAACAGCAUGUCGUCAAUAUCAAAGGAACCAUCUAUUUAGAAGACUAAAAAGGACUUGUAGUUGUAGCAGA